AAGGAAUUGGCGUCAGAAAUAUAAUAUUCAUGAUUCCUUCUAGAUGUGUGAUGCUUUAAAGCGAGUGUAAUUAAUUAAGCACUGCAAAAGAGAAAGGCAAUCUCAAGACGACUUACUUAUUAGGGUCGUUAUUUUAGUUGCAAACAUCUGCAUUGAUUUAAACUUUGAAGCAUAUAUAACUACUUGGUAUUUUAAAUAAAAAUAUGUCCCUCUACUAAAUAAUAACCAAAAAUUUAAAAAAAACAACUUAAAGCAAACUUCAGGUUUUUAAUCGGUUAUUGAUUUUUUUUUUGAUUUUAUUUAGGAAAAUUUUCUUAUCCGGUUCGAAAGUUUGCGGUAUUAUAAUUGAUUUUGUAUGUAAUUGAAAUUUCAACUAAAGAAAAGAAAUGCAUAUUUAAAAACAAACAAAAACAAAUUCUGUUCGCAUUCUCUCAUGUCAGUUGGCAAGGUUAAGUGUGUUUGAAACUGUUAACUUUUCACAUAAAAGAUCAACAAUCUUUAUGGACCUAUAAAUGAAAGUUGAAGAAAAUAGAAGGCCUUCAAUCGCUGAUGCGUCGGCCGUGGAACUUCUUCAGCUGCAAGAAGCAGCUAAAAUUGCCAACAUUUAUCAUAAAGGAGAUCCACUGUUCACUAGAAAUACAAAUCUAUCUCACAUUGUACAUGGCACUUUCAAUUUUGCACAAUUUAUCAUAGCUUUAAUGGAUGAGACUUUUCAUCACGUGCAUCACGCAAUUCAUCAUAUUCGUCAAAAAAAUGAUCCGACACUUGCAGAUUUACCGGGAGAGAGAAAUCCAAUUUUCUUCAUUUAUAUUAUUUGCAUGAUUAUUAGUUUUGUCUUCAGUUUCUUGUGGUUUUUUACAAAAUUUUUCACUCGACAUUCAUUAAUCGCUAUUGUCGGUUGCGGCAUUGGAGGAGUUUUGAUGUUACUAGGCGGGAUUUCUGCUAUGCGACAUGCCGAAAAUCAUAUUAAUCUCAAUGAAGUAUCUGAUGAAGAAUUAUUGAAUCAUCCAAUUUUUAUUCAUAAUUUUGUUCUUUGUAUUAUUUCAAUAUUAGGCAUGAUUAUUUAUUUUAUUCAAUUUUGGAUAUUAUUUGAUUAUUGGAAAAUGAUAAGGAAAGAAGAAAUAAAUGAGUUAUCUUAUUCCGUGAGCAACAAAUCUUCCUCGUCUUCAGAAUUAAAUUCAAGUCAAUCUAACAAAUCUGAGGAAGAAAGUGAAAAACAAGAAAUGGAAAGUAUUGAAAUGUCUUAUUCUAUUGCCGCCCUAGAGAAUUUACCAUCUCGUUUCGAAGCCGCUUUACAAAAUCAAAAUUUUAAUUCGGAUAAAGAUUCAAUAAUUCUUUAUUGUUGUUUUGUUGAUUGUUACAAUUAUUGGAAAAAUAAACACAAAUCAAAAAGGCCAAAUCACGAAUUUCAAAUUAUACACGUAAUGUGAAGAGAGAAGAGAAUUUUUCACAUUUUAAUAUUUGAUAACUAUAUAGUAUGAUAGUAUCAAGAAUGCACUUGAAAAAUGAUAUUCAGGAAGUGGAUGUUCUUCUGUGUAGUAUAUAUAUUAUUUUUAUCCAACUUAAGUAACUGCAUACAAAAAUAUCGUUUUAAAUUCAACAGGCGCAAAUCUUUUUUUGUCCUCAAAUAAAGUAUAUUUAGAAUAAUUAUUUAAAGGGAAAUUCUUUCAA